AUGGUCCAGGACGCAUUGACGCCUUUCUUCUCCCCGCUCCUCCUCUCCCACUCCUCCCCGCUCCUCCGGUUCCGCUCCUCCGUCCUCUCCUCCUCCACCUCUCCAUCCUCCGCCACUGCGCGCCAAGCCGCUUCAAACAGCACCGCCGGCACCGGAAAUGCCCCUUGCCCCGCACUUGACGCCGUAGCUGUAGCGCACGAUGCGGGAAGCGGGAGCGGCGGAGAUGGCGGAGAGACGAGCGGCGGAGAAGGCGGUUGGAAGAGCGGCGAGGAGGAACAGUGGAACGAAGCGCGUGACGUGCAGAAUCUGGCGCAAUUAUCGCCCCUCUCGCUUCGUCGUACUCGCUAUAAGCGGCCUCAAUUUCACAUGGAUGACGGACGGGGAGGGCUGCAGAUGGGUGGGGCGAGACGGCAGCAGAGUGAACGGUUCAGUGUGACUGACUCGCUAGCAGCGUUCUGCCAGCUGUGGGGCAACACGUCCCGGGCAGGCGGCUACCUGGUGAUGACCAUGGAUGGCGUGGAAGCUGCCGUAUUCAAUGAACGCCCGGGGCAGCCUCUGGAACCACCACCGGACGCCUCCCUCCCAGUCCACCUCACGUGGUGCUCACAGCCGCUCUACGGCACGUUGGACGCGGGCAUGGUGUGGACCUGGGCGGAGUACCACCGCGUGCACGCCAACGUCUCCCGCUUCAUAUUCUACGACAUGGCUGCGUGGACUCCCGCCCUCACGGCGCUCUUCACGCCGUACUUUGCUGCGGGUGUUGCUGCUGUUACGGACAUGUCGGCAGGGCGGCGGUUUGGGUUUCGUGCAGGAGUGGAGUUGCUCUACUUUACUACCAAGCACCAGACCCUAGCCAGCAACGACUGCAUAUACCGAUCGCUCCUCACCUCGCGCUGGGUGAUCCUCCACGACACAGACGAGUUCCUCGCGCCCGUCCCCCCGCACUCCCUGCCCUCGCUGCUCGCCACGCACGCCCACGCCCCCUGGCUCUCACAUGGUGCUUUCGCCGUCGAGCCCUCUGUCUGCCAAGGGGAAGGGGGGGAGGACGCACCCGCACCUGCUGAGGCUGCUACGGUGGUGCCUGCUGACUCUGGUGGUGUUGUGGGUGGUGGGUCUGCUGCAGUGGAGGCUGCUGGUGGUGGUGCCCGGGGGGCUGGAGCGGCAGUGAACGCCAGAAGUAGGCACGCAGAGACAGCACUGGGAACAGCAGGGAACGGCACGGAGGGUGCUGAGAUGCAGUGGGAUGAAGCUGCAGGGACGGAGGCAAAGAGACGUGCCGUGCAGCUGCUAUCGCGAAUGGUGUUCCGGCACCCAGACGUGUGGUGCUUGCGCGACAGGGCGGAGGGGCAGCGGAUUGACUCAGAGCUGUGUGAGGACUGGCGGGGCCACCGGAAACUGAUUGUCAACCCGCGCAAGGUGAGACGGCCUCUCACCCUCCUAGCAGGUGCUGCGUGGUGCUGCGUGGUGCUGCGUGGUGCUGCGUGGUGCUGCGUGGUGCUGCGUGGUGCUGCGUGGUGCUGCGUGGUGCUGCGUGGUGCUGCGUGGUGCUGCGUGGUGCUGUGUGGUGCUGCGUGGUGCUGCGUGGUGCUGCGUGGUGCUGCGUUGUGCUGCGUUGUGCUGCGUGGUGCUGCGUGGUGCUGCGUUGUGCUGCGUUGUGCUGCGUGGUGCUGCGUGGUGCUGCGUGGUGCUGCGUGGUGCUGCGUGGUGCUGCGUGGUGCUGCGUUGUGCUGCGUUGUGCUGCGUGGUGCUGCGUGGUGCUGCGUGGUGCUGCGUUGUGCUGCGUUGUGCUGCGUGGCGCUGAAUGGUGGAGGUUAUGUCUAUCCACAUCGCACGGGAGCCACAGAAGGGCGGAGUAGUGCUGAACGCAGCAACGGAGCUACGGCAUUUCCAUUUGACGAGUGGAACCGCACGUACUACCCGAAGGAGGCGAACCAUCUGAACGUGGAGAAGCAGUGGUACAUCGUCGACGCCACCGACAAGCGCCUGGGCCGCCUCGCCUCCACCAUCGCGAACCAUAUCCGUGGCAAGGACCAGCCCACGUACACGCCGUCCGUCGACAUGGGCGCGUACGUCAUCGUGAUGAGUGUGAACGCGGAGAAGGUGGCGGUGACGGGCAAGAAGCGCGCGCAGAAGAUUUACCGGCAGCACUCGGGGCGGCCGGGCGGGAUGACGGAGGAGACAUUCCACCAGGUGCAGGCGCGCAUCCCCGAGCGCAUCGUCGAGCACGCCGUGCGGGGCAUGCUGCCCAAGGGCCGGGCAGGAAGCGGGAACGGCGGAGAUGGCGGAGAGGCGCGCGAUAGAGAUGACGGAGUUGGCGGAGAGAAGCGCGGCGAGGAGGAGCAGCAAAAUGAAGCGCCGGAUGACGUGCAGACUCCGGCGCAGCUAUCGGUGAGUGAUGAAGCGCUGUCGGAUAAUACGGUGUGGCGGAUAGUAAGGUUGCAGUAUGGGGUGUGGCGGAUAGUGCGGUAUGCGGUGUGGCGGAUAGUGCGGUAUGCGGUGUGGCGGAUAGUGCGGUAUGCGGUGUGGCGGAUAGUGCGGUAUGCGGUGUGGCGGAUAGUGCGGUAUGCGGUGUGGCGGAUAGUGCGGUAUGCGGUGUGGCGGAUAGUGCGGUAUGCGGUGUGGCGGAUAGUGCGGUAUGCGGUGUGGCGGAUAGUGCGGUAUGCGGUGUGGCGGAUAGUGCGGUAUGCGGUGUGGCGGAUAGUGCGGUAUGCGGUGUGGCGGAUAGUGCGGUAUGCGGUGUGGCGGAUAGUGCGGUAUGCGGUGUGGCGGAUAGUGCGGUAUGCAGUGUGGCGGAUAGUGCGGUAUGCAGUGUGGGGGAUAGUGCGCGCCUACCGCAUCAGCCCCUCUCGCUUCGUCGUACUCGACGGACUCAAUAACGAAAAUAUUCAUCCUCGGGUUCCCUCCCCUUUCCUCUACACCCGCUUCCGCUCAUCCCCCUUACAGACUGACUCGCUAGCAGCGUUCUGCCAGCUGUGGGGCAACACGUCCCGGGCGGGCGGCUAUCUGGUGAUGACCAUGGACGGUGUGGAGGCUGCUGUUUUCAACGAGCAGCCGGGGCAGGCUGCCGUCUUCAAUGAGGGGCCGGGGGAGACGAGAUUUGAGGCAGGUGAGAUGCGGGGUAGCCUUGAGCCCCCUCCGGACGCCUCUCUCCCUGUCCAUCUCACGUGGUGCUCACAACCUCUUUACGGCACGUUGGACGCCGGGCCCCCUUUGGAACCCCCACCAGACGCCUCUCUCCCCGUGCACCUCACGUGGUGCUCCCAGCCGCUCUACGGCACGUUGGACGCCGGGCCCGUGUGGGCAUGGCCGGAGUACCACCGCGUGCACGCCAACGUCUCCCGCUUCCUCUUCUACGACAUGGCUGCCUGGUCGCCCGCCCUCUCGGCACUCUUCGCGCCCUACUUUGCUGCCGGCAUAGCGGCCGUUACAGACAUGUCGGGAGGGCAGCGGUUCGGGUUUCAUGCGGGGGAGGGGGCGCUGAGCUUCAUCACCAAGCACCAGACCCUUGCAGGCAACGACUGCAUAUUCCGGUCGCUCCUCACCUCUCGCUGGGUCACUCUACACGACACCGACGAGUUCCUCUCCCCCGUGCCUCCCCACUCCCUGCACUCGCUGCUAGCCACCCACGCCCACGCCCCCUGGCUCUCCCACGGCGCCCUCGUUGUCGAACCCUCCAUGUGCCAAGAGGAAAGGGAGGGGGCACUGGCGCCUGCUGGGGCUGCUGCGGUGGCGCCUGCUGACGCUGCUGCUGUGGCGGCUGGUGGUGGUACCAGGGAGGCUGGAGCAGCAGUGAACGCCAGCAACAGCCACGAAGAGACAGCACCAGGGACAGCAGGAAACGGCAUGCAGGGUGGUGAGGCGCAGUGGGACGAAGCUGCAGUGGCGGAGGCGAAGAGGCGCGCCAUUGAGGUGCUGUCCAGACUGGUGUUCCGCCGGCCGGAGGUGUGGUGCGUGCGGGACAGAGCGGAGGGGCAGCAGAUUGACUCGAACCUCUGUGAUGACUGGCGGGGCCAUCGGAAACUGAUUCUCAACCCCCGCAAGGUGACACGCCCUGCCCUCUCAGGAUUCCUGCUCCCUCCUAGGAGACUCAUUUUCUCGCUCCCAGAUGCAUCUUUAUGGUUCACAUUUUCCCCUCAGUGGAGCAGAACAGCAGAUGGAUGGGGACCGGAGCCGCAGAAGGGCGGUGUUGUGCCAAACACAUCCUCACCAAUCAGUCAUCCCCUUGCUUCUCACCCCCAUUCCCCCUCUCAGACCGAGACGGAGGUGAUGUCCAUCCACAAGGCACGCGAGCCCGAGAAGGGCAGCGUGACAGAGGUGAUGUCUAUCCACAAGGCACGGGAGCCCGAGAAGGGCGGUGUGGUGCUGAACGCAGGCACGGAGCUGCGGCACUUCCAUUUGCCUGGCGUGGUCAACCCAGUCAACGUGCACUGCCAAACCCUUGUGCCGCCUGGGGAGGACCACGUGUGGUUCGUGCGGGACACCACCAUUGCUGACCAGCUACGGCUACUAGCUAACGCCUCUGCUCUGCAGCCUCUACCCUGA